AUGGCUGCCUCUCAUCAUCCAACCACGCGAACCACAAAUGGAGGGCAGCUGUUCCCGAGCCCUGCUGCAGCGCGCCCUCUGGCACCAGCCCAGCCGGGGGAGGGGGAACCGCGCAUCUCCACCCGACCAUCGGACAACCAGCUCACUCCCCGACUGCCGAGCCCACCCUACGUGCAGCCUGACGGAGCCGGCUGUGCCCCGGUCCCGCUCCCACACACAAUGCCACACAUCCAUCCAGCUCGCAGCACGCAGCCUGCGAAACUUUCUCCUGCAGCCCAUUCCGCCGAGAGGGAAAGGGAGACAAUUAUUUCCAGCGAAGAUGCACUGGGAAAUAUGGCGGCUCCAAAUCUCCUUAAACCCCUGUCAGGGGUAACCAACACAUGGAAGCGGGAGGUGACCACUCGCAGUGGGAUCGCCCACCUUCACGCUGACAUCCUGCAUCGAUUUUUCACAGACCAACAAAUACUUCAGGCGGACGCGCGGGUGAAGGCGGAGGAGCGCGGGAGCCGGCGGCCCGGCGCGCCACACGAACACUCACACUGGGCUGCGGGCGCAGGCAGCCGGUCCCUCAGCAUUCCUGGGCGGGCAGUGGAGGGUGGGCGUGGGCCCGGCCCCCAGCCCCCGCCGGCAACACUCGCUCCAGCCCCUCUCCGGCCGGAAAAGCGUCAUCAUUCCGGGACUCCGCACUCCGGCGGUGAAAGGUCACCUUCCCCAGUCCUCAAUGGUGGGGUGGCCGUAGGGGGGUCGUGGUCCCGGUCUGGGUUCCCCCCCAACCCCGGGGGGCUCCCGGCCGGGGCGUCCCGCUCCCCCCACCCCGGGGGGCUCCCGUUCCCCCCCCCCCAUCCCCCGGGGGGCUCCCGGCCGGGGUGUCCCACUGCCCCCCCCAGAGGGCUCCCGGCCGGGGCGUCCCCCCCCCACCCCGGGGGGCUCCCGUUCCCCCCCCCAUCCCCUGGGGGGCGUCCCGCUCCUGCCCACCUCCCCCGGGGGGGUCCCGGCCGGGGCGUCCUCCCCCACCCCGGGGUCUCCCGUCCGCCCCCCGCCAUCCCCCGGGGGGCGUCCCGCUCCUGCCCACCUCCCCCGGGGGGCGUCCCGCUCCUCCCCGGAGGGGGGUCCUGGCCGGGGCGUCCCGCUCCCUCCCCCGGGGGCUUCUGCUCCCCCCGGGGACUCCCAGCCGGGGUUUCCCCGCUUCCCCCGAGGCCCGGGCCCGACCCAAGUGCUCCCUCAGUCCACGGUCUGGGAUGUGCUGAGCUCGGAUGGACAUCAGGAGUGACCGCAGGAGGUUCUCUUCCCGCGGAGAUCAUUGGACUUGAUGCAAACGGCUCCAUUGUCAGUGCCCGAGGGGCGGUGUGUCUGAGACCUGAGCUCGCUCCAUCUGAAAGUACAAUCCAAGCGACUGCAGACGGUGCACUCUGGAACAAAGAACAAACUGCUGGAGGAACUCAGUGGCUGGAGCAGCAUCUGUGGAGGCAGAGGGAUGGUCGAUGUUUCAGAACAAGACUGCACACUGGAAGAAGGGAACACUAUGGUUAUCAGACUGGGGUAAGAUCUCACUAUACAGUUACUGGUUCCCACGAGCUGGGCACCUCUGGCCAGUAAGGUGUUGCUCUGCCAAAGUCCUCCCGUUUCACGUGAAGCUGAG